AUGUCAGACCCAAUGUCCCAAAUAACCCCAAACACCUUCUCCACAACUACAGGGCCCUCCCCCAAAACAACAAUCUUCUUCAUCUCCGGAAACCCCGGUCUGAUCAGCUACUAUCACCCCUUCCUCUCCCUCCUCGCCAAAUAUCUCACAAAUGAGACCUCAUUCCGUAUCCACGGAAGUUCCCUCGGCGGCUUCGAGAUCGGCCAAGAAUCACCAAAAGACCUCGAUCUCGAAGACCAGAUCCAAUUCGUCCAGGGUAACCUGAACACCCUGAUGAGCAAUGAUGUCCAGUCCAACGACAACGCCAGACAAAAAGUCAUUCUGAUCGGCCACUCCGUCGGCGCAUACAUGGCCAUGGAAAUUCUAAAUAGACACCGCGACCAAUCAUUCGAUAUUAUUGGUGGUAUCAUGCUCUUCCCGACAUUAAUGGAUAUCGCUGCUUCGCCCUCCGGCCAGAAACUAUCGACUUUGCUAUCCAUAAUACCACGUCUGGCACUGGUUGUCAGUCUCUUUGCAAGACUUCUCACAUUCAUACUCCCAGUCUCGGUUCUCAGGGCCGUCGUUCGGGUCGUGAUGAAUGAUCCGCCGUCUCAUGCUCUAGACACUACGUGCUCGUUCCUGCGGAGUCGGGGUGGUGUGCGACAGGCUUUACAUAUGGCUGCUGAUGAAAUGCGUACUAUCACCUCUGACAAAUGGGGUGAUGAUAUUUGGGGUGCACACGAACCUGUUGCGAAGUUGUUCUUUUACUUUGGUCGGAAUGAUCAUUGGGUGGCGGAGAAGACGAGGGAUGAGAUUGUUAAGAGGGGGGAGAAGGGGGGUCCUACGAUGGUUGUUUGUGAAGAGGGAUUGCCGCAUGCGUUUUGUUUGAAACAUAGUGAUACGAUGGCGAGGAAGGUCGCUGCUAUGGUUGGGGAGGUUGUUGGUGUACAAUAG